AUGGCAAACUUCAAGGGUCAUGCCCUCCCAGGGAGUUUCUUCCUGAUAGUUGGACUUUGGUGGUCAGUGAAGUAUCCAUUUAAGUACAUUCACCAAAAGGGGAAGAGCAGCCACCAGCACCAUAAUUAUCCACGUGUUGAGAUCAUUGAAGCUGCAGUCAGGACUUUGUUUUCGAUCAUUGGAAUCCUGGCGGAACAGUUUGUUCCUGAUGGACCCCACCUCCACCUCUACUCUGAAGAUCACUGGGUAAAGCUGAUGAACUGGCAGCACAGCACAAUGUAUCUGUUCUUUGCAGCCUCAGGAAUCGCUGAUAUGCUCACCUAUCUUGUCACCUACAUUCCUUUAGGGGUGGAUAGAUUGGUUAUGGCGGUGGCAGCAUUCACUGAAGGUUUCCUCUUCUACUACCAUGUUCAUAACCGACCACCACUGGAUCAACACAUCCACUUACUCCUGCUGUUUACUGUGUUCGGAGGAGCUCUCAUUAUUUUCCUAGAAGUGAUCAUUCGGGACAAUAUUGUGCUGGAACUUUUCCGGACCAGUCUCGCUAUUCAGCAGGGCACCUGGUUCUGGCAGAUUGGGUUUGUGCUCUUUCCACCUUUUGGAACACCUGAAUGGGACCAGAAAGAUCAUGAUAACAUCAUGUUCAUCACCAUGUGCUUCUGCUGGCACUACUUGGUUGCUCUCAGCAUUGUGUUCAUCAACUACUCUCUUGUUUACUGGUUUAUGAAUCGACUGAAGAGACCCAGAGAUGGAGAAAUCAUUGGGAUCCAGAAGCUGAAAUCGGGUCACAUUUACCAGACUGCCCUCCUGAAUGGUUCAGACGAGGAAUGA